AGCGUGUAGUCUCGGUCCGUCUGGCAUCACGUCGUCGACCGAAUCGCGGCAGUGGCGAGUUUCAGUGCUUGGGCUCUCAAAUUCUCGAAAAAACCCGUGCAAAAUCCACUUAAAAGCUUGAUUUUUUGCUUUCACUCGAAAGUCCCCUCCCGGCUGCAGCCUUUUUCUUCGACAUCUCUUCCACGGUGGUGUGUGGCAAGCAGGAGAAAGAAAGCAACACGCACAUCUCUCACUCACUCACACACACAAUCUCGAGCCAGAGGCAGCUUCACGCAGAAAUCGCGACAAGAUCGGAGAGUAGACUCAAAGACCACGGCCUCGCGAAACGGAACGAACGCUUGCCGCAAGAACACAACUAGCCCGAGGUCACAGCAAUGCCCGAUUACAGUGACCUGGACCGGCAGAUUGAACAACUGAAGCGGUGCGAAAUCAUCAAGGAGAAUGAAGUGAAGGCGUUGUGCGCCAAGGCACGGGAGAUCCUGGUCGAGGAGGGCAACGUCCAGCGGGUGGACUCGCCGGUUACGGUUUGUGGUGACAUUCACGGCCAGUUCUACGAUCUGAAGGAACUGUUCAAGGUGGGCGGCGAUGUGCCGGAGACGAACUACCUGUUUAUGGGUGAUUUCGUGGACCGAGGCUACUACAGCGUGGAAACCUUUUUGCUUCUGCUAGCCCUGAAGGUGCGCUACCCGGACCGUAUCACGCUGAUCCGUGGCAACCACGAGUCCCGCCAGAUCACCCAGGUGUACGGGUUCUACGACGAGUGUCUGCGCAAGUACGGCUCGGUGACGGUGUGGCGCUACUGCACCGAAAUCUUCGACUACCUGUCGCUGUCGGCCAUCAUCGACGGCAAGAUCUUCUGCGUGCACGGCGGUCUGUCGCCGUCGAUUCAGUAUUUGGACCAGAUUCGCUCGAUCGACCGCAAACAGGAGGUGCCCCACGACGGACCGAUGUGCGACCUGCUGUGGAGUGACCCCGAGGACACUCACGGCUGGGGCGUUUCGCCACGUGGCGCCGGAUAUCUGUUCGGCUCGGACGUGGUGUCGCAGUUCAACGCGGCCAACGACAUCGACAUGAUCUGCCGAGCUCACCAGCUGGUCAUGGAGGGAUACAAGUGGCACUUUAACGAGACAGUCCUAACCGUGUGGUCCGCACCCAACUACUGCUACAGAUGCGGCAACGUGGCGGCCAUCCUCGAGCUGAACGAGAACCUGCAGCGCGACUUUACCAUCUUUGAGGCGGCACCCCAGGAAAGCCGCGGCAUUCCGUCGAAGAAGCCCCAGGCCGACUACUUCUUAUAAAAGUGAACGACAACCAACUCUGCAUGGUUUCUCCGGCUGCUGCUGCUGUUUACUUAAACUUGGAACCUUUAAACCUCAACCCAACAGCCACCACAAACGCGUCCCCUCUUCCAGCCUUCCCCUCUCCUUUCUCUUUGUUCCGUUUCCUUGAGCCCUUGUGCGCGUACGUCUAGGAUUUAAAUGUUUCGUUUUUUUUACGUUAGACCAACGGACAAAGCCGCUUUCUACUAGUUUUUUUUAUAUCAGCGCUAUUUUUUAAAAGUAUCAUUUGUAAACAGUUUUUUUUUCUCUUGAACAUAAGUAUACCUGACUUUAGAAACGAAACAAACAGAAUGUUUCUUGCAUUGAAGAGAGAACGCAGAGAAGAUAUAAUAUACUCAACCAAUUGUAUCAUACAGCAAAGAGAGAAAAACAAAACGGGAAAUAAUCGUGUAUAGAAACAAUAGAAUGAAAACACUGUGUAUGUUUACUGUUUGUUUAGUUUCACGACUGCUACUGCUGCUUCGAGAAAAGGAAAUCCAAAUUGUCUUUUGUGUAAACAAACAUCAAGCAAAUUAUGAAAUAUCAAAGCUGAAAUCAUGCAAAACAGUAGCAAACAAACAACAACUCCGUAGACUGCCGAUCGAUAACAAGUAAAGUAAAUCAAGAUAACAAUGAGAAGAAGGAUCGAUACUAACACACCCGUAGACAAAACCCCAUUAUUACAACAGCUCUAGUAUUUAUAUUACAGGAUAAGACUAAUCUAUAAUGUAUGGUAAAGUAAAAACAGAAAAAAAAUAAACAAUUAAGACAGAACCAGAGUUCAUCAACCACAACAAAAAAAAAAACACAUCUGCUUCAGUUCCACAACCAGCAUCGUUCACCGCGCAAAAAAAAAUCAAGAUUAAAAACCAUUUUCCGACGUGCCUGAAAAUAAUCCUUUUUCGAUGAGACGACUCGCGAAAACAAAAAGGACUGGCGGGCAGCAAAACCAACACAAACACAAAGGAGAAAUUUGAAUUACAAACAACAACAUUUAAAAAAAAAAUCAGCAAACAAACUGGUAAAUCAAGUGUGUAAAUUAUCAUUAUUUUUUCUACAACAGUUUGUGUGCGGCAAAUUCCGUGGGCGGUGAAAAAAAAAAUAGAUCGAGAGUAACACACAUCUUCUAUAGUUUAUAGCGUAAAGUGAUACAAAUAAUAAAUCUUAUAAGACAAACAAAU